AAGACAAGCCUCGACAACAGUGAAACACUUGUAUAAAUAAUAUUGCAUCAGACAUCACAUUACAUCACCGAAACUCCAAACCACUCUUCCACUAUAAUCCUCCAAAAUACCCUUUUCACCCCCAAAAAAUAAUGGAUCCGACCAUUUUCUUCUCCGGCGGUUUUCUCCUCCUCCUCCUCCUCGGCUCCGCCGACGCGCUGACGUCAGCAUCCGACGUGGCGGCGUUGAAGGCCUUCAAAGCCGGCGUGAACCCUCGCUCGAUCCCGCCGUGGUCGUGCCUCGCCACGUGGGACUUCGCCGCCGCCGACCCAUGCGCCUCUCCACGUCGUACGCACUUCACGUGCGGCGUCACGUGCUCUCCCGACUCGACCCGAGUCACUCAACUCACCCUCGACCCGGCCGGGUACUCGGGGCGGGUCACUCCGCUCGUCUCCGGGCUCACUCACCUCCUCACCCUCGAUCUCGCCGAGAACAGCUUCUUCGGCCAAAUCCCACCGUCGAUUUCCUCCCUCGUUAACCUCCAAUUCCUCAACCUCCGCUCCAACUCGCUUUCCGGGUCAUUACCCGAAUCGAUCACUCGGCUCAACUCGCUCGAGUCCAUCGACAUAUCCCACAACUCGCUCACUGGGUCGUUGCCGAAAUCCAUGGGUUCCAUGCCGAAUCUCAGACGUCUCGAUCUGAGUUACAACAAGCUCACAGGGUCGAUCCCUAAGCUGCCGAAGAAUCUCAUCGAACUCGCUCUGAAGGCGAAUUCGCUAUCUGGGUCGGUCCCGAAAGACUCGUUCACCGACUCGACUCAGCUGGAAGUCGUCGAAAUCGCCGAGAACUCGUUUACCGGCGUGCUCGGCGCCUGGUUCUUCCUCCUUCCGUCUAUCCAACAAGCCGAUCUGGCGAACAACAGCCUCACCGGCGUCGAAGUCUCUCCGCCAUCUCCCGCAGGAAGCAGCGGCGACCUCGUGGCCGUGGAGCUAGGGUUCAACGCGAUUGAGGGUCACGCGCCGGCGAACUUCGCGGCGUAUCCGAGGUUGUCUUCGCUGUCGCUGAGGCACAACAGGCUACGAGGAGGGAUCCCGGCGGAGUACGGACAGAGUAAGACGCUGAGGAGGUUGUACCUGGACGGGAACUUCCUCACCGGGAAACCGCCGGCGGGGUUUAUCCGACCGGACUCGCCGGUGUACGGUAGUUUCGGGGAUAAUUGUCUGCAGGGAUGUCCAGGGAAUUCCAAGAUGUGCGCUCCAUCGCAGAAGCCAUUUUCCAUUUGCAAGCAAGCUUAUGGUGGGAAACCAAGAUCCUGAGUUUUGUCAGAGAUUUUUCUUCGUCCUGAAGUGUGUCAGAGAUUUGUAAAAAAAUAUUAUUAUUAUCAUUUUUAUUUUUUUGUUUCAAAGAAUUCAGUUAUUUGGACUGCAAACUAGGAUAAAUUUUUAAUAAAUAAAAUUUAAAAAAUGUUUGCUUCAUUUCAA